GGGAUCUGUAAGGCGUUGGGGGCUGCAGGCGGGACUCGGGGAGGAUCAGGAACUAGAAAUGGACUCAGUGACCUUUGAGGAUGUUAAUGUGGAGUUCACCAUGGAAGAGUGGGCUUUCCUGGAUUCGACCCAGAAGAAACUCUACACAGAUGUGAUGCUGGAAACCUUCUGGAACCUGGCAUCAGUAGCAUGUAUUUUAGAAGAAAAAUGUGAAGACCUUGAUAGUGAAGAUCAGUAUGAAAAUCAUGGGAUGAAUCAUAGCAGUCAUACAGUAGAGAGACUCUGUACAAGGAACGAUGGUAGAGAAUCCAGAGAAAACUUCAGCCAGAUUCCAAAUCAUAAUGAGAAGAAGGAAACUCCUGCUGAAGUAAAACAACCUAAAGCCACGUGGUGUAGGCAAAUCUUCAUGCAUUAUUUAUCCUUGAAUAACCACCUGAGCUCUCACAUUGGACCCAAACUAUACCUGUGUCAGCAAUACGAAGAAAACCUUUAUAAAUGUAAGGAUCCUGAGGAAGCUUUCAAGCAUCACCAACAUAUUCGAAGACAUGAAGGCAGUCCCAGUGGGAAAGCUUUCUGCUAUUCAACUUCCCUUAGAAAUCAUGAAAGAAUGCAUAUUGGUGGGAAACUGUAUGGGUGUGGGAAAGGCACUAGUCGUCUCAUUUACUCUAAAAUUUACAAAAAUACUCAUAGUGGAGAGGAACCAUAUCUAAGUAAGCAAUGUAGCAAAGCUUUCAGGUCUCCCAAGUACUCUGGAGAAAAUGAAAGAAGACACAGUGGAGAAAAGCCCUGUCAGUGUAAGAAAUCUGGCAAAGCUUUCAGUUCCACUUCUCUUAGAAAUCAUGAAAGAACAUUUACUGGCGAGAAACCUUAUGAAUGUAAGCAAUGUGGGAAAGAUUUCUCUCGUCGAGCUUCCCUCCAACGUCAUGAAAGAAUUCAUACUGGGGAAAAGCCCUAUAAAUGUCAGCAUUGUGGCAGAGCUUUCUGUGAUCUAGAUGCCCUCCAACGUCAUGAAAGCAUUCAUACUGGGGGAAAACCCUAUAAAUGUGAGCAUUGUGAUAAAGAUUUAUCUAAUCAAACUUCCCUCCGACGUCACGAAAGCAUUCAUACUGGGGAAAAACCCUAUAAAUGUGAGCAUUGUGGCAAAGCUUUCUGUGAUCGAGGUGCCCUCUAUCGUCAUGAAAGAACUCAUACUGGGAUAAAACCCUAUGAAUGUAAACAUUGUGGCAAAGGUUUCGACUAUCCAUCUUCUCUCCAAGAUCAUGAAAUAAUUCAUACUGGGGUAAAACCCUAUGAAUGUAAGCAUUGUGGAAAAGCCUUCAGUUAUCUACAGUCCUGUCGAAGGCAUGAAAGAACACACACUGGAAAAAAGCCCCACGUAUGCCAGCAAUGUGGUAAGGCUUUCAGUCUUUCCAUGUAUCUUAGAAUUCAUGAAAGAAUUCAUACUGGGGAAAAACCCUAUGAAUGUAACCAUUGUGGUAAAGCUUUCUCUGAUCCAAGUUCCCUCCGACGUCAUAAAAGAACUCAUAAUAAGGAAAAAUCCUAUUAAUGUAAGCAAUGGGGGAAAUCCUUUAUUCAUCCUAGUUCCCUUUGAAUUCACAAAAACAUUCAUAAUGUAGAUAAAUCAUAAGGAAAGAACUCACAGGGAAAAUAAGCCCUAUCAUUGUAAAGGUUGUAGAAAAGCCUUUGAGUAUGCUAGUUCUUUCUUUUUAUCCUCAACCUGAGGAUAUUUUUCCAUUGAGAGAGUGGAAGUCAGAGAGAAAGACAGAGAACAAUAUUGAUGUGAGAGAAACACAUCAAUUCGUUGCCUCCUGCACGUGCCCAGACAUUAAAGCACACAUAGUGGAGAAAAGCUCUAUUAAUGUAAGGAAUGUGGUAAAGCUUUCAGUUUUACCAAGUCUCUUAGAAAGCAUGGAAGAAAGAACACAUACUGGGGGGAAACCUUAUGAAUGUAAGCAAUGUGAGAAAGCCUUCAGUUGUCUCACACAUCUUGGAAGACAUAAAAGAAGUAAU